AUGGAAAAACAAGUCCACUUGAGACCGCUCGAAGCUACUUCCGGGGAUGGAGUGGAAGUGGAAGGGAGGGAGGAGAUCUCGAAGCUUCUGAAGGCGCGGGCGACGUCCGGGAACCUGGGGCGUCGAGUUGAGGCGCUCCUGGCGACUCAGCUUGUAGGGCCCGCAGCCAUGCUGAAAUGCGGGAUGAGCGGCAGUCAGGUUAAAGUAUUUGGGAAAGCAAUCCAAGCUCUAUCAAGAAUUAGUGACGAGCUGUGGCUAGACCCAUCUGAAAAAGGUCUUGCUUUAAGGUCUGUGAAUUCUUGUCGCUCAGCAUACGGAUGUGUUCUCUUCUCUCCUGUGUUUUUCCAACAUUAUCAAUGGUCAACCUCAGUAGAAAUGAAUGGCACAAAAUCAAAUUUAAAUUGCAAAUUGGGAAUGAAGUCAAUUCUGCCCAUCUUUAGAUGUCUGAAUUCCCUCGAAAGAAAUGUAGAGAUGUGCAAAAUAUUCACCAGAUCUGAUAAGUGCAAAGUAGUCAUUCAAUUAUUCUGCAGACAUGGUAUUAAAAAGACUCACAAUGUGUGUUUUCAAGAAAGUCAGCCUUUGCAAGUUGUUUUUGAAAAGAAUACGUGUAGUAAUAUACUAAUGAUUCAGCCAAGAGUGCUUGCUGAGGCAAUUGUUCUUUUCACAUCAAGUCAAGAGGAAGUUACUCUUGCAGUUACUCCACUGGAAGUUUGCAUUAAGAGUUCUACUGAGGAAUCAAUGGAUUUGAACAGUUCUGUAUACAGUGAGAUGUUUGUGGGUCCACAUGAGUUUGAGUUCUUUCAAAUUGGGGUUGACACUGAAAUAACAUUUUGCUGCAAAGAAUUGAAGGGAAUGCUGAUAUUUUCGGAAGCUACACAUGCUCCUAUAACCAUGCAUUUUGAUUUUCCUGGGAAACCUAUGGCUUUAAGUAUUGACCAUAUGCUAUUGGAAGCUAACUUUAUUUUGGCUACACUAGCUGAUGAGCCAAGUAGAGCAUCUUCUCCGCAAUCAUUGUGUCUGUCACAAAAACGAAAAAGGUCAGAUCUGGCAUGUUCAAAUUCAAAGGCUGGUAAAAAAGAUAGCAAGGCCAUGGAGUCUAUCUCAAGAAAAGUAGCACCCAGAAAGCUUUAUGCCGAUGAGAUUCUCUCAAACAUUGCUGCGUUGGAAAAUUCUGGCAGUCCUAUAAUGAAAAGAGUGAAUAGUGACACCGAGGAAGAGCCAGGGUUUCCAUCUCUCAGGAAGGUAAAUUGCAUGUUCUUUAGAGCAGUUUCUUCCGACCAGCGAGAACACUGCGACAACCCUUUCAACAGUCUGGCAACAUCAAGUGACAGUGAAGAGGAAAUGAAUAAUGGCAGUUUUUAUAUAUUCUAA